AUGACAAAAGGGUUAAAUAAUCAACAAAAAAAUUUGAAAUGUAAGCCAAUAGAUAUAAAUAAAAAACUGCUAGUAAUUAAGUCAGGUGAAGAUUUAAAAAAGUUAACAAAAAAAGAUAAUCCAUCUAAUGAAGAUAUUGCACAAUUAAAAUCAUUAUUAGAAAAUAAUGAAACAAAAAUAGAAAAAAAAAAAAAGAAUAUUGUGAUACCAAGAUUUAAAAUAUGUGAUGAUGAUAAUUAUAGACUGAGUAAAUUUGAAAAACCAUCUCAUUAUAUUAGAUAUGAAUUAUAUAGAGAUCAAGUAACUGGAAUAAAAUUAAGUGAUGGUACGAUAAUUCAUUACGAUUUAUUGAAAGAAGAUGAAAUAUUUUUACAAAACUUAAAUUCUUAUUUAAAUAUUGAGGUAAAUGAUGAAGAUUUUAGUAAAUUAAUUGAUAAGUUUGAAAAAUUAACAGGGAAAUCAGAUAAUAAAGAAGAAAUAAAUUUUAAAGAUGCUUUAAAAGUAGCAAGCGAAUUAAAAAUAACAUAUAAAAGUAAUGUUAUAAAAGAUAUCUAUUCGUAUUGGAAAAAUAAAAGAAAAAAAUUAGGGAGACCAUUACUCCGAAUGUUCUGGAAUAAUUCUCAGAAUAGUUUGCCACACUAUUCUGUUUUUAGACCUAGAGUAAAAGAAAAAAUGACAUUAAGAAAACAUAAGAAAAAGAAUUUUGAUGUUAUAAUAAAGAUGCAUAAACUUAUUGAUGAUUUUAAAAAGUUAGAUAAAAUUUUAAGAAAAAUUAAACAAAGAGAUGAGAAAAAAUUGUUAUUGUUGCAAUUAAAUGCCAUUUUAUUUGAUCAGAGAAAAAAUGAAAUCAAAGAUAAAACAUAUAUUUGUCCUAUGUGGAAUUAUUUCAAAGAUUAUAAGAUAGAAAAGAUUUAUAAAAAAUUUAAAAAAGAUAAAUUUUAUAAAAAUUUAUACAAUAAUAUUAAUAGCAAUUCUUUGCAUAAUAAAAAAAUAAAUAAAAAAUUAAAGAAUUACGGAAAAAAUGAACAAAUGAAUAUUCUUAAGGUUAACCCCAAUGAAUAUAAAAAUAUAGUUUUAAUUAAAAGAAGAGGAAGAAGUAAUAGAAUGUGGAUAGAUAGAAAAUAUGUUGAUGAUAUAAAUAAUAAUGAUAUAAAUUAUUGUGAUUUAUCCUAUACUUUUAAUGAUUUUGUAGAAGCUUCAUUAAAUUUAAAAAAAAAUUAUGAAGACGAUGUAUAUAAUUAUAUUUCAGGUAAUAAUGUACCCUUAAAAUUAAAUGUAAAUAAAGAAAAAAUAAAAAAUGCCGAUUCUCAUAUAUUUAAUAAUAAUGAAGAUGGUUUUUUUGAUGAAAAUAAUACACAGUCAUUAAAGAUGCAAUUAUUAGAUCAGUCAUUUAAUUAUAAGAGUAUUUAUGAAGAUAAUAAAAAAAGUAAUAUAAAUGAUGAUAUUAAUAAAAAUGAUACAAAAUCUUCUAAUUUUUUAUUUUUUAAAAUGGAUGAACAAUUUAAUAAUAAAAAUGAUACCAAAAAUAAUAUAAUAGAUAUGGAUAAAUUUACCAAAACGUUGGAAGACAAGAAAAAUGAAGGAAGUUUUUUGAGCAAUGAAAAAGUAAAUAUAAUAAAUAAUUCUGAAUUAAUUAAUAGAAAUAAAAAUUGUGAAUUCAUAAAUUAUACUAAUCAACAAAACAACAAAACAAUUUUUCAUUUUGAAGAUAUUAUUGAUCCAUUAGUAAAUAAAGAUAAUUAUAUCUUUUGUUUAAGUAAAUACGUUUAUGUACAAAAAAGAAUAUUAUUUUAUUUAGAAAAUUUAUUGAAUUUUGAUAAUUUUAAUUUUAAAAGUAAAAAAAAAGAUAAUAAUUUAAAUUUUCCUCAAAAUUAUAAUAAAAACAAUACAACACAAAAAACUGCAAACAAUAAAAAUACCAAAGACGUGAAGUAA